CUCUAGUUCCCGCGAGAUUUCAGGCUGAGCGCAUUAAGUGCUUCUGGAGAAAGCAAGGAGGGGCCCCAGAGGAAGAGCCGCUGCCGGAGUCCGAUGGCAGGAGCUGGGACGACCGUACUGCUUCGAGAGGAGAACGGCUGCUGCAGCCGACGCCAGAGCAGCUCCAGCGCUGGGGACUCUGACGGGGAGCACGAAGACUCGGCGGUGGCUGCUCGUGCGCGCAGGCGCUUGGAGGGCCUGCUCAACAAGAACAUGCGCAUUCGCAUGACAGACGGGCGCACCCUCGUGGGCUGCUUCCUGUGCACGGAUCGUGACUGCAAUGUCAUCCUGGGCUCCGCGCAGGAGUUCCUCAAGCCCACGGAUUCCUUCUCAGCUGGGGAGCCUCGUGUCCUGGGCCUGGCCAUGGUUCCUGGGCACCACAUUGUUUCUGUUGAAGUACAAAGGGAGAGCCUGACCUGCCCUCCCUAUCUGUGACUCUUGGCCCUCAGCACCCACUAUGAAAUGCCAGCGGGGAAGCUGUGAUUAUAUGUCUUGCCUUCGUCUUCUUCCCUCAUUCAUCUUCUGAUUAAAGCCUGUGAUCUAUU